AUGUCUCAAAACUUUUCUCGCUCAGAUUUCGAUAAAUUCGACAAUUCUACAAAAGAGGCUCUUGUAAUUAUCGGAAACAAUAUUUUACUUGCGUCUCAGUAUUUCACUAAACUAAAUUUCGUCCUAGCAAGUAUCGGUGUUUUCAUAAACGCUUUUCAUAUUAUCGUACUCUCUAGAAAAUCGAUGAUCUCAAAUGUGAUCAAUGUGAUUUUGUUGGGUAUCGCUAUCAGUGACAUUGUGAAUUUGAGCCUUAUAGCUUAUCAAUUUGUUGCAAUAUUACCCGAAUCGUUUGAAGACGAAUGCACCGUGCCAAAAAGUUAUUUCAUCACAAGGCUCAAUUAUUUUCUCCUAUUUAUCAAGGACGACUUCCGAAGACUUUCCGCGUGGCUCGGUGUUCUGAUGGCAUCUGUUCGCUAUUUUAUCAUCAAAAAUUCUCUAAAUCCGAAAUUUAACUUUCUCUCCAAACCAUCUUCAGGCUGGAAAUCUUUGACUAUUGCAUUCAUUGUCAGUACCCUAAUGUCUAUGUUUUAUGUGAUCCGCGUGGAUCUUAUAUCUGAAAUCUGGAUACCUCCGGAAGCCUGUGGGUACCCGACUAACUUCAGUAUGACAAAAUAUGGCUUUAUAAGUAAUAAACUGUUCUUCAGUGGACCAGAGAUAUAUAUGUUUUAUGUAGCUUUCGAUGGGAUUCUGAAGUGUGCUCCCAGUACUAGCUGUCUUGCUGAUAAGAGAAUUGAAGAAGGAAAAGUUUCCAGAAAAAAAACUUCCGUCGUUUCUAAAAAUGCUAAUAAUCCUGAUAACACUUCCAAACUGGUUAUCAUUAUGACAAUAACUUGUAUUUGUGCUGAAGGGCCAAUGGGAAUAGGAUUUGUAUUUGAAGCUCUACUAGUGGAUGCUCCAAAAUUGAUAAAAAUAGUUAACUGCUUCGAGAUUAUUAUUUUCGCUUUUGCGAUUUUGAAUGCAACUACCCAUUUUUUCGUUUGUUUCGGAGUUUCUACACCUUAUAGAAAAUCAGUUAAAGAGUUGUUGUGGUACAAAGGAUCCCAGAAACCUAUAACAAUAAGUCCGAAAAUCAGUUCAGCAAGCAUUGUUACAACACGAAAAGUGGGAUAG